GGAACGUCGAGUAAAAACCGGAUUACCGCCAAGCAUUAACAUCAUCAUCAUCAUCAUCACGACAAAAAUAACAACAAUUAGCGAGGAAGGAAGAGCCAUCUGCAGUACUAUCUUCUUGUUCUUGUUGUGUUUUUGAAGAUAUUAGAUGAGAAGGUCCAUCUGGGACAGUAAGGAAAAAAUGGAGGCAGAACCAUCACUGGAGAGCAUCUUGUCGUUUGUGGAAGCCGCGCCGCGUGAAGGAGUAUUCAUACCUAGAUGCAACAUUUACAACUACAGAUGAUGAAUUGAUUCGUCAUCAUGCUCAUGGUCAGCUAGAUUUUCUUGAAAAAAGGUAACUCCAACUCACGACGACAUCAAUAACUGUUUGUAAAAAAGGAUCAAAUUGCUUUUCUCAUCAACGCCCCUCGCGGCUCGUGUACUGCUCUACUCCUCAACUAACCUCCCCAGGGCGCCAAUGGUGUAGUGAGCACCUCCGCGGCAUCCGCGAUAUCAGGAAAGCGACGUUUGAGCGACACAGCCCUCUCCUUAGACGCCAAGAGACCACACAUCGGAAAACCAUUUGAUGAUUGGGCUGGGGUAAAAAUGAUGGUUCUUUGGAACAAUUGGAUGAAAAGAAAAACAAACAAUAGUAGUUCUCGUUCUACUUCUUGUGGUUAACUACAGAAGAAGAUGAGCAUUAAUGACAACGAUGAUGUUCAAGUUCAUGUUGUUGUUGGCAGUGGCACAAUACAACACAACUAAUCUCGCACAAAGUUCAGUGCAGACUGCCUUAAGGGCGUCAUAGAUGGCGCACGCGAUGGAUCUCACGCAGGUGGCCACUAUAGUUUCGUAACACAUGAUUUGAAUUAUCCAACACAAGGUUCCGACUCCAACCGGUUCCGCAAACCGAUCCGGAUCCGCUAGCCAAGGAGCUGGCCAUAAUUUAGACCCUGGAAAGCAACAGCAACAUUUAGAUUUGCUUCUGGCCUCUUUGGGGACAACAUCAGCGAUGACAUCUACAACGACAACGACGACUUCAACCUCCACCACGACCUCUGCCGCAAAUUUGUCAGCAGCGGUCGAAGACCCAGUAGCCGCUUUCUUGCAGACACUGUCAGAAACACAGCGACAACUACAGCAGCAGGCGGCUGCGCAGGGAAAUGGUUAUGAAGCGAAUAAGAUUUUGAUUUUGUUUUUGAGAAUUACUUACUUAGAUUUCUAAAGGUUCAUACCCAUGCAAUUACAAUUACACCUGACAACAUUUCGUCUUCCUCUUCGUCAAACCUCAAUUUCAAAUACCUCUUCCGUUCUCUACCUUCUUGUUCCUACUCAGAAGCUUCAGCUUGAUACCUCUUUCAUUUCCCCAGUGCCUUGCCGAUGUUCGGGCAACCAGGAGGUCUAUUGGGUGGUGGUGUUGGCGGGCCACAGCAACAAGUCCGACAGUUGAAACCUGUCGACAUUGAGAAUUUGUUCAAGAUAUUUGUUACUCGUCGCAUAGCAACUGGGAUGAGCAAGGGCGCGCCUGCAGCAGGCUUUCUCAAAGGUGGUUUGCCGCAAUUGAAACAGGAUUUCUGGAAUUUUGUGCGGCAUUUGAAGGGCAAAGCCGCUCAGAAAGGAAUGCUGUUGUCUUCAGCUCCCGUUCCCGGAGCAGCUGCAGGAGGCGGGGAACUGCUGGUAAAUUUAUGUGUAGUUUCGAAGAUGAUCAACAUCCUCAUCUUUUUCAUAAUCUUAAUCUAUCACCAAGGAAGCAACAUCCUCCUCCACCUCCUCACAAACAGCAAAGAGCCUACUCUAGCACCACCAACAUCCUUUCUUACUUCCUCACAAACAGCAAAGAGCUGGCGCCGUUGCUGGUUUACUCGGCAAAGGCUUAUCCCUUUCGCCGUUGGAACAAGCACAGAAGGAAUUGAAGGAGAAGGAGAGGCUAGCCGAUGAAAAGCUUCGCGCUGUAGAUCAGUUGUUGGCUGAGGUGCGUGCCAGAUCCGACAAACUGGCGGAGAAGGAGAUGGGUGCCUCGGCGAGUGGUGCUAGUAGUAGUAUGUCGAUGUCGGAACAGCAGAGCAAGGGCAUACCGUUAAAGUCAAGGGCUGAUUUUACGAGUGACGAAGGUGUUUAGAUUUACGCUUAUAGUUUUACACGUUUAUCUUGGCGCGUCAAUCUUUGGCGUUCUUCCAGCACAUCAUAAGGGAAAUCUUGCAGUAAAGCCGAACGCAUAAGGGAAAUCCCCCAAUGACCAGCUAGACCUAAUUGUUUUUCACUUAAAACAGAUUACGAAGCCUACAAGAGUGGGACUGGGAAAUAUUCGGCUAAAGACUGGGACUCCUGGUGGACCUGGGUUGCUGACGCCGGUGCGGCUGUGAAUGCAGCAGGUACUUGUCGUUGAUAGUAGUUCCACGAGUGCAUCGAUUAUCAUCUCAGGCUACACGACCGCUGAAGAUGAAACUACAACUAACAAAAACAAAUUUAGUCGUGUGAUAUAGAAAAGCAUCAUGUGCAUUUUAAUAUCGUUACAUUCUACAGGUUCUUCAGGCAAGGGCUUUCCCAUGUCCGCAUCUCCUUCGUCGGCUCUUUCUUCACCUGCGACGAGUGUUGCUUCAGCAGCUUCAUCAACAAUUGGAGGACCACAGGCAUUUUUACUUGGUAGCGCAGUGCCUCAGCAGGUGUGUGCGGUCACAGGAGCUGCGAUUCCCACUACGACGAUUGUACAACCCUUAAGAGUAGGUUAAAGGUGCUUUUCGUUUUCUUACCGCUUUUUAUGCCUCUCCUAAGGGAGACGGAGAAAGGCAUAACAAGCGGGGUAAGCGAGCACCAAAAACCUACCUCUAAAGCCCGGGCCUUCGUCGGGUGCCACCACUUCAGGCACCACUGUUGUCCAGCCAGGGGCGUUGAUUCAGCACCCAGGAGCAGCCAGACUCUCGCCCUUUGGUCCAGGCAAGCCGUGUUUUACGACGGCGCCGGCAUUGCCACCCUUGGCUGGAGGAAAGCGUGGGUUUUUGCCGCAUGGCAUGGUUAUCGGCGGACCACCAUGGAAUAGCACGGCCGCUGGUGGAAAAUUCCACCAUGUAACCGCUGGUGGAACUACCACAGCCAAGCAUCUGCAUGGGAAAGCAGGGAAGGGGAAGAAUGCUGGUGCUGCACCAGGGAUCUUCAAGGGUGCUGCGCCACCUAAUGCUAAUGCUAGUUCUUGUGGAAUAAGUUUAAUACAGCGGACGACGAGCACCACGUCUUCGAUGGGCAACACCAUAUCAACUUCCGGUAGCAGCUCUGACAUGCAAGCUAGCAAUUCUACAUCAUCUGACUCAGUAUCAUCUGAAUCUGUUGGAACGACAACGAUCUAUGUCCCUACAGGUGGAGCGUUAAUUGCGCCACCGCCUGGUGCGAGUAGUACAACUGAGUCUGCUGCUCACAGUGACAAUACCAGCAGUGCCGCUAACCCUAAUAGUGGUGCGGCCACAAAUAAUAUUAACACAGGAGUGAGAAGUCCCAACUCAACGACUGGACAUGGAGGAAUCUCCGGAGCUCCAACACCCAUGACAAACAACAAAAUCGUUUCUAGUGGUCCUGUAGGUUUAGGAGGUUCUACUUCUCAAAUAGGAACUUCAACAGCCUACGCCAACUAUGGCACUCCCAACAUGAUAACCGUCAAAGGCGGAGGUAAACACCACAUAUUACUGCAACAACAGCAAUCUGGAGGUGGUCCAGGGACGAGCGGAGGUGAUCUGAUUGGACCAGGAGCACAUCCGCAGCAUAUUGGGGGUAAGGCUGGUGUUGGUUUCAGCCUUCCUCAAGGUCAAAGUUUAGUCUUAGGAGGACAGCAGCAGCACACCAGCACAGCAUCACCACCUGGGGGGUUCGUGGCUGCUUCAUCUCGCGGCGCCGGCGCACCACCGUCAUAUUCAGCGUUCAAUAAUCCUACCGGGUUGUACAGCACGUCACCAGAAGAUCUACUUGGGACGAGUUCAACGUCCGCUGGUGGAGAACAACAUGCUGUAGCCUCCAAUGGUACGGCAACGACUGGGGGAACCAACGGCCCUUCAUCUUCAGCGACCACUGUCGUGACUACCGGUAAAGGUGGCGUAGGCAAUGAACAACAGCAGCAGCAGCCAACUAGUACCUAUAAUAACAAGCAAAACAACAUCACCGGCACUAGCCGUAGUAAUAAAGGCUCACCAGUGAUCCUUUCAUCAGCGACGAGAGAUCGCGAACAGAAUGAGUCACCACUGAUCCAGGCUCCUACAACUACUUCUAUCGUUCAACAUUCCUCUACGCCGUCCCCUCAGCCUGGAAACUCGACCGGGGCGAUGAUGGCCCCCACCCAGCAGUCUUCGUCGCAACAAAUGAGCCAAUCCGUGUUUCAACAGAACAACCAACAACAUACUAGUAGUGCUACUACCGCAGGCGCAUCAUCAUCCUCUUCAGUUAAAAAUAUGGGAGCUGCCACCUCGUCCGCCAUUUCGUCUACCAACAACAAUUUUGUCCAACAAAUAAAUACUAUGCAGCUCUCUUCCUCCUCUUCGAGUUCGACUGCUCAGGUACAACUCGUUGGAGGGGAGCGCGAGCAGCUGAUUGGGCCACCACCAGGGGUCAGGGCUCAAAUGAUGAACGGCAUGGGGGGGGGCGCUUCUUCUUCUUCUUCAGUCAAGAUGAUGAACAAUGCCGUUGCUGGUGGAUCAGGACCUAUCUCGGCGACUUCUGGAUCUGUAAUGGGGCCUUUCGGUGCUAGCGGACCCCAUGUGCAGGCAACUACAGGUGGGAACAAUAGUUACAUCGUUAACGCAGCUCAGGCAGGCUUACCACCUACUUUUGGUGGUGGGAACCAACAUCAUGUUGUAACCAGUCAGAACAUGCACCAGCAACAUCAUCAUCUAGUAACCACAACUGGUGCAGCUGCAGGAGGUCAUCCCCAGAAUAUGGUCGUUCAUCAUCAACUUCAACAUCCGCAUCAAGGAGCUCAUCAACCUGUAGCAGCAAUGCAGGCGCAUCAGUAUCAUGGUCACAUGCAACAUCACUCCAUUGUCAUCGGCGCACCACCGACGUCGCACCAUCAAGGUGUUACCACAGGAUCGAUGUACAAUCAGAAUAUCACAGGCGCUGGCCAGCUAAUUGGCGCUCCACCAUUGCUGGCUCGGCGUAGUGGCGGGGCAAGUGGUUCUGCAGCCGCCGGUGGUCUAACUUCGACGAACCACAACGAGGUGAUCGUUUCAUCUACUGCGGGUAUUCCAGUAUCAGCUGUUCCGGCUGUUCCCAGUAAUAGCUUCCCUGCCGAUCAAAAUCCAUUUCCGGAUCAGCCAGCUCUUCCACGCAGGCCACCACUCGACAAGAAAGCGCCAGCUUUCUAUGGUCAUCGCAGUGCAGGUACUCCUGGUCCAUUGAUCAGUCUGACACCUGGUGGCACUGGAGCGCUAAUUCCUAGUCCAGGAGCAGUUGUGUCAGGGAGUAUUAGCAGUACAGGAAUCUCUACUACUGGUGCAUCGUUAGGUGGACCUGGCGCUCCCGACCUCAGUAGUAGUAGACCGCAAGUAGGUCCUUUCGAUGCGAUCACUGGGGAUCAUACUAGCGAGACCAGGACAGCUAGCCACGGGACCACAGGAGGAACGGGUAGUGGUGGCGAAGAAAACGGCAAAGAUGAAGCUACUAAGUUUCAUGAGAUCUUGGUUGGAUGAAACGGAAGAUGCAAGUACUCGCGUUCAGAUUUUUUUGUUUUUGUGCUACUACAGCUACUAGAUAAAAGAAUAUUCAAUAAGAAUAACAACGUUUCUCUUAGUCAUUUUGAUAUUCGUUCAUAAAUGUGAAUAGAUUCCUCGAUGACUGGUGUCGCGCCAUAACGGUGUGUAUGAGCUAACAGUGUCGUAUAAAUAUGAAAUUUUACAAACAGAAAGAUGUCAACUACAACCGCGUAAAUCAUUUUCAAUAAAGCUUAAUAAAGAAAGCACCAAAAGUGUCUGGUCGCUGUGCUCAUAGACGAUUACUAUCACAUGAAUACAAGAACCCAACAGACUCCAGGGGCAAGAUGACGGUAAUAUAUGUUUCUCAUUUCGUGAAAACCUAAACGUAGACUCAGAAGCAUUACGAUUCAUGAUCAAGCAGAGGAGUAAGGAGAUUGAACAACAAAAACAACAAGAAGAAGAAGUACAAAGGAUAAAUACAAAUAGGAUCAUUAUGCUGCGUGGAGCCCACGUAGUUGAAUGCAACUAUCCCAAAAAUUAAAUACGAUUUUUUUGGCUUUUUUAUCGCUGGCUUGAUGCCCUCAUAUCAGUGGUCAUAACUGUUAUUGUCGUUUCCGUUAAGCAUAAGCUUAGGGGGUCACGGUUGCGGGAUGAUCAGUGAAACGUAGGAGAACCGGGAGGCUGGGCAGGUGGGCGUGGGUCCAGUUGUCAUGUCUGACAUACAUUUUUUAGAAGAUUACCAGCAUUGGGGCCUAUGUAUAUCGCUUCGACGACAAUGACAAGGAGGCAGAGGCUCCUGCUCUCGGGAGUGCGAAGUCUCGCAAGGAGCGGGAUCUCUUUGUCAUCUGCUUUAGAUGUUGCAGUGGUUAAAUGAAGGCUGCCUCAAAAUCGAACGAUAAUUUCCUCAUUACUUCGAUCUCGAUGAGAGCUGUAAUCUGGUUCUGAUCGCUGUCGUCCUGAACCAAAAUAUAACGAAGCUAAAAGUCGAAAUUGUCCAUUUUACUUUCUUGAAGGAUUUUUUUGUUCAUCUUCAUGGCAUCUCCAUCUCGUCCGCACAUCGGCAUUGAAAACACAACAAGCAUACUAGACUAUCGAGUUUUUGAAGUAGAUAUGUUGAUAGCGUCAAUACCAAUACGAAGCAUGUUUUUCAUUUUUUUUUUCGGUCAUAUUCAUCAACAUUGACAACACGCUUACUGGACUGAUACAAGUACUAGCUGUAGCUCUACUACAUCGCCUGCGUCGUGUGCAGAAGGAGCAAUUCGUUGAGCGAUGAAAGUUCCGUCCGACCUUUCUUUUUAUUGGUGCGUGCUUAUGGAUAAUUUACUUUUAGUACCAACUGAGAACAACCAGCCGAGCACAACUAGGAAGCAGAGCCAGGACCACUCUGUGAUCCAUAUGGGUUCAUAUGACAGACCAAGAUUGCACAAAGGAAGAUGGAGCUGCUCGGCGGCAUGCUCCUCUGUGUAUCUUAGGUUCACGUCGGGGGUGAUGGUGCAUAUUUCAAAUUAGAGAUAACAUAGUGUGUCUGUGUCACGACAGAUGUUGUUCGUUGUCUCUCUGACUCAAUGACAAUGUAGUGCCAUUCCUGUGCAUGUGUAAAUAAAAUCAAAGAAAGCAAAGAGGUAGAACCAGGGCGUCGAAGUGAUUCGGCUACUGUGUGCUUGUGUGUAGUUUGUUUUUUUCGAUCUAGAGUCGUCUACCACAGCAUUUCACUCCACCAUAGUCGAGAAGGGUGUGGUACUUUAUCGAAGACGUCCUGGUUGAAAUAUUUUGUGUGAUAAAGAUUAUUUCUGUCUGGUAUGAGAAAUGCUGAAUGAUCGUACUCCUUUUAUGAGGUAUGAAAACAACAUCAAGGCUUUGAAGUUGAUGAGCUAAGCAGCCUCACAUAUUUUUAUGAAAUUCGUUGGGUUAGUACUCCGACGACUUGCGAUCGGGAUCCAUCGCGAAUAUCAUGCGAUCGAAGUUGCAAGAUGUUUGCAAUCGUGUUUAGUCGUUCCCUCAUAUUAUCGCUCCCGAUCGCAGCUGCGGGGGGGUCGGUGCCCUGCGGAGGCAACAUGAUUGAUUGACUGAUUUAGUCGUUGACACUGCUGAGGUA